AAGUUAAAUAUUUAAAGAUUUAUAAUCUUUCACCAUUUUAAGUGUACAAAUGUCACGUGAAUUAUAAUCUUUAACAUCAUUAAAACAGUGUAGCAAUUCAUUAUUUGAAAAGGAAGCAAUAUUCAAAAUAUGUGGAAGUGACUCUGCAAGGAUGACUAUUAAAACUUUACGGACAAUAUUCAUCUUUCUACAUUACCUUAUAAUUCAAGGGUUGUCGUAUAAUUAUGUUGAAGAAGACAUGAAUUCAUUGUUUAACAGAACUGAUCUGACAUGUCCAAUGACAUGUAACAAUCAAAGGUUUACAUUUGAUCAGAUGUCUUGUUGUAUUUGCAAUUCCAACUCGGAUAUUGAAAACUUGACAAAUUUAUCAGUUGUAUACAAAGAAGGUCAGUAUAAUUCUACAAUUGUGAAUCCUGGAAAUAAACAUGAACUUUAUUCGCUGUACCAUCGAUAUGGCAAUCUAACAUUUUUACCCAUUAACAUUUGUAACUUUAAUGGAUUGUUUAUUAUUGAUUUUUCUUUCAACAAGAUUAAGAGCAUAGAUGAAAUUUUGUGUUUGACAAACUUGGAUACUCUUUUGCUACGCGGGAACAAUGUUCACUAUUUAAAAAAUAACACAUUUUUGCAAAUGAAGUUCAUUCGUAUAAUUGAUUUAUCAUUUAAUAAAAUCAAUUCAAUGGACCCUGGAUUUCUCUUAAACAUGAACGGAAGUUUAUUUUAUCUAAGCUUAGCCUUCAACAAUAUGUCAACUCUGGAUGUCACAAAUGCGUUGGCAUCUAAACAACAGUAUUUUUGUCUAGUAGAUUACUCCCACAAUGCAAUAAAAUCAAUAACAAAUGAACUAUCAUGGAAAUUUAGAACCAAUACAUCCCUUGGAAAUGGAGGAAUGGUGGAUGCGUCAAAUAAUUCACUUUCAUCGUUUUUUAAUGCCAAAGCAUUGCGUUUCCUCGGCUUUGAAAACCCUCUAUUUAUUGGAAGAUUGUUUUCUUAUGGAUUUGACGGUAGAGAUAAUAAAUGGAAUUGUGAUUGUAAUAUUUAUCCAUUUGCAAUUGCAGCAGAACGCCUUGCGCCUACAAUGACGCGAGAUUACUUCGACGUUAAAUGUUUUACCCCAUAUAGUUUAAAGGAUAUGUCGAUAUUUACAAUCAUCAAAGAACGCCGAUAUGAUGGUUUAAUUUGUAAUUUGUCUUUAGCAGAAAAAUGUCCGCCUAGAUGCCGCUGUAUAUAUCAACCAGCUAUCAGAAAUAGGACUGUGAUUGAGUGUUCUUCAUCGAAUCUUACACAGUUUCCAAGCGUACUCCCUCAUUACAAAGUGUUAGAGGUUGAUUUAUCAAAUAACUACUUACAAAAUCUGCAAAUUCAGUUCGGACAUGAAGAUUACUAUGACCGUAUAAGUUUAUUAAACGUUUCAAACAACAAAAUUCAUGUAUUACCACCCUUACAUUUGUUUCGUUUAAGGACAGCGGACAUAGAUUUAAGAGGAAACAAUAUUUAUUCAUUACACAGAUCUAUUGGGGAACUUAACCCUUGCAACAUUUAUCUGGACACUAUAAUAAUGCAAUGCACAUGUAAAGAUAUUUGGUUGCAACAAUGGCUUCCGAAGAGUGACUCUAAAUGUAACAAAAAUGUACAAGUGUUGUGUCGUUUCAAAGGACAAUUAAUUCCCAUACAGAAUAUGACAAAGAAAUACCUUGGAUGUAGAAUACCGGAUACUAAUGUUAUAUGGAUAAGUACAGUUAUCGUUGUAGCGUUCAUUACUGUCGUUUUAGUGUCAGCAAGUAUAUUUUCCUUUCGAUUCGAGAUAUUUAUAAUUGGACGGAAAUUCAUAAAAUAUUUCAGGGGAACUUCUUAUCCUUUGACAUUGUUUUACGAUGUAUAUAUUGCGUGCGAUGAAGAAGAUGAAAAGAUUCGUCUGUGGCUGAAAACGCAUUUACUGCCUACUCUAGAGGUGACCAACAUGCUAAGGGUGUUUUGGCCCUGCAGAGAUAGUGAAAUAGGAGUACCUCGCGAAGAGGAAAUGAUACAUGUGAUGUCCCAUACUCAAACCUUUAUCAUCAUUUUGAGUGAAGAGUAUAAAGGACCUGUUCGUUGGAAUGAAAGAGAAUGGAAACAUGCCUGGCACAAUUAUACACAUGAUCUGAACAGGGAAAUUAUUAUUGUUAAUUACGAUCUACUGGAAGCAAAUGAAAUCGCAAAGCAAUAUUUGGGAGCCUUUCUCCGAAUUGGACAAUUUAUUGAUUUUUCUAAUCACAAGAAGUCUAUAGAGGACGAAAUAGCCUCCUUAUUUACAAAACAAGAUAAAAAGUCAAAAAAACUCGCUAGAAAAAAAUGUUCUCAUUCCCAAAUAGAUGACGAAAAAUUCCCAUUUCUUAAACAAUAUCCUUUAUAUUCAGAGUUUCGAUGUAAGACAUAGCAGAUAUACAUUUGAUGUUGUAUAAAUUUAUCCUUGAUAUAUCAUAUGAUAUGUAUCAAUAAUUAUAAACCUUUUUCUAAAAGUUCUUUCUCCAAUUCUGUUUCAGGAGACAUGUUUUUUAAUUUAAUGUUUGCAUUAAACUUGGGUUUUUUCCAAAUGAUAAAUAGGUUCAGUGCAACAGGAAGACUUCCUGGUCUAUUUUUAAAUGGUUAAGUACUCCAAAAAAGUUUAAAUUGCGUAAAGUGAGUUAUUAUAUUGCAUGUAAAUAUUUGAAAUAAUGAAAUCCAUAGCUGUUAAAAUUAACAAGUACAUAACAAAAUUGUAAAUAAGGCCCUUCUUGGCUGUACCUGUUUAUCAUCGUUCAUAGAUUUUUGCAAUGUUAACAUUUGUAAAUAAACUCAUUAAAAUUUGGUACGCCAUUAGUGCGUUUCAUCGAAAGACUCAUCAGUGACGCUCGAAUCAAAAAAGUAAAAUAGGUAAAAAAAAGUACGAAGUUGUGGAGCUUUGAGAACCUACAAUUCCGCAAGGUUUUGCCAAAUACAUCUAAGGUAAUCUAUGUAGUUGUUUUAAAAAAAAACAAAACAAAAACACAUAAAAGGUAAGACUGAGUUACACGAACCACACCAAAAACCGUAGUUAUCUAGAUUUCAAUUUUUAAAGGGAAACUCCAUACUAAAAUUUACGUGUGUGUAUUGAUGUCAUAGAUUUUAACGAUUGUAAUCAAUGCAUUACUGGUAAAUUAUUAAGUCAGGGAUUUCGUUACCAUAAAUUGAUUAAAACUUUUACUAAAUUCUUUCAUAGAUACACAGAUUUGAUUAGUAAAUUUGGCUGUACCUGUAGAAAACUGAUUAAAUACGGUAUUUCACAUCCUAAAUUUUACGGUAAUAUUGUACUAAAAGCACGGUAAUCACUAUGUGAUCCAUGAUAACUCAUCGAACCUUUAAACAAACUUAUAAGUAAAGGUUAUCUUACCAUUGUUGUAAUUAGACCUUUGAAUAUAGUUUACAUUGGCACAAAUAUCGAUUUUGUCAUCAGCAAAUUAAACCAUAACUAAAUUUGUAUUCUUUUCAAACGGUUUUUUGGGAUGUAUAAAUACACAUCCACGUUUAUUUUCUAUAUAGAGAUUACUCUAUCUAUAUAUUACAUUAUACAUAUUUAUUAACAGGUUAACUCCUUACUAUUCUACUGCCUGUCGAUACUUUCAUUUUGGGAUUGCACAAGUCAUGUCUUCCUUGACUGUCCAUGACGUGAAAACACUAAAUCCCUGCGAUGUGUUUUAGUUGAUUUUAGUCUCUGAUGCAUGAUUUUUUUUAUUAUUAAUUGUUUUUUGCUUUUAACAAGCUUUCAGUAACCGCGAGUAGUCUCAAAUCGUAUUUUCGUGUUAAUUUGACCUGUUGAUACAAUUUGUAAAGUAUUUUUGUUAUUUAAUGUUUACUUAUUCAGUGUUAUAUCUAGUCUCACUAUUUUUUAAUAUAAACCACCUUUGAUAAGUGUUUACUAUGACGAUAAAUUUUCACUUUUGUUCUCGUACUAGGAACAACCAAAUUUUUUAUUUUGUAAAAAAUUAUUUCCGUGAUCCAUGUAUACCUUACAACAAAAUUAUUUUUAUUUACGUGUGUACGUUUUUUUAUUUGGCGGCAUUUUGUCCAAGGUUAUGGUUAUCUUUCUGAUAUUGUUUUAAAUCUAACACCCUUGUUUUAUUAAUUUUGUAUUUACAUUAUGUCAUAGAUCAAAUUUAUUCGUUCAGUGUAUGUUCACAGUUAAGCCAUUUCAAUUGAUAUUUUAUAGUGUGUCUUUCUAUGUUGUGAUGUUACACUAUUGUUUCAGAUAGGGUGAAGGUUAGCGCCUAUUAAAACGUUUAAACCCGCUCCAUUUGUUUGCACCUGUCCUAAGUCAGGAACCUGAUGUUCAGUAGUUGUCGUUUGUUGAUGUGGUUUAUAAGUGUUUCUCGUUUCUCGUUUUUUAUAUAGACUAGACCGUUGGUUUUCCUGUUUGAAUGGUUUUACACUAGUAAUUUUUGGGGCCCCUUAUAACUUGCUGUUCGGUGUGAGCCAAGGCUCCAUGUUGAAGGCCGUACUUUGACCUAUAAUGGUUUACUUGUACAAAUUGUGACUUGGAUGGAGAGUUGUCUCAUUGGCACUCAUACCACAUCUUCUUAUAUUUAUAUAAGAUACUCAUUUAAGUUCAUUUUUUAUUUAUUUAAAACAAAUGUAACAAGGAUGAUCGAUUUUUAUUUCAUUUUUCUAUAUUUUUUUAAAAUGUGUCAUUUGUUAGUUGAAAAAAUACAUCAAGUACCGAUACCUUAUCCCGGGAUGGUUAACACUAGUAAAUAACACCCUUAUGCACAGCUGGUACAUACAAUAUCACAUACUUACAAAAUUUAUAUACGAUGUCUAAAAUGUGAUAUGUGUGAUUUUAAACAUUUAAAAAAGUGGAAUAUUAAAACAAUAAUUCGCUA